UAUGAAAUAGCUAUACCCUCAAGUAAAUACCACUACCCAUUGAAGACGAGCGAUGUAAGAAGCUGCAGCACAAAUGAUAGAGCGCGAUUUUGGAAUGCAGCAUAGAGUACUCAGCGGUUUGUUCAACUAAACAAAAGGAAACGGUAAAUUACACCUGGAAUAAAUCGAAUCAAAUUAUCUGUGACGAAUGUGACGUUUCAGAAAAUGCCAAGGCUGCCACUUUUAUUUUGCGCUCUUCUUUACGCGUCCCCAUGUCACGCGGAAUGCUUACCAGGCUGCGAAUGUUUGGAGGCUUCUCAGACCGUUAGAUGUGUUUACGCCGGUCUCCGCGAAGUACCUGGGGAUAUUCCGAAAUUCACGAAGAUCUUAUUUAUAACUGGAAAUAGAAUUCAUCGUGUUUCCUAUAAUUCGUUUCACGGUGUAGAAAACGUUACCAAAUUGGUCCUGAGUAACAAUGGAAUUAAAGAAUUGGGUUCCCAUGCUUUCUCUUUACUGCUUACACUGUGCACUCUAAAUCUGAGUCAGAACCAACUGGCUCUGAUCCACCCGGAGGCGUUCUCUGUGCCUGGCAGCCCCCUCCAGGAACUGAGUCUCAGUGGAUCUCUGUAUAACUCCACUUCUGUGACCGACCUCAUCACUGCCCUCCGCUGGGGUGCACUCAGGAACCUGCUCCACCUCGACCUGUCAGGGAACCACCUGGUUCUGCUGCCCCCAGCAACCUUCUCCCCUCUGCCCAGCUUGAGGCAACUCAUCCUUGCCAACAAUUCCCUGGUGGCCAUCUACACCAACACCUUCUCAGGCCUUGAACAGCUGCAGGAGCUGGACCUGCGGUACAAUAUGUUUCGGACUCUCAGUUCUGAGGGCCUGAGAGAGAUAGAGAUACUGGGCCGGGCGACGCUGCUUCUUGGUCAAAACCCGUACAGUUGCUCCUGUGAUGUGCAGGAGUUUGCAAGGUGGCUGAACAGCUCAAGGGUGCAGGUGGGGGAUGUGGAGAGGCUGCUGUGUGCUUCUCCUCCAUCACUACAGGGAAGGGUGGUGACAGCCAUCAGCAUACACACUUCAUCUUGCUAUGGUAAGAUGAACCCAGAGGAGGUGGUCACCACCCUGCAAACAUCAUAUGUGUUUCUGGGCCUGGUACUGGGUUUGGUGGGCAUGAUCUUCCUAUUUGUGCUUUAUCUCAACCGCCACGGCAUCAGGAAGUGGAUCACAGAAAUGCAUGCUGCAUGCAGAGACGUGUUGGAGGGUUAUCACUACCGCUACGAGAUUGACUCUGAUCCGAGAGCUAGACACUAUCCUGUAAGCAGACAAUAUCUCCACACAGAACCACGACCCACUGAUAUCUGCAUCGCUCACAUUCCUGCUGAUGUUACAUUAUAAUGGAAUUUAACUGUUCUUAAAAUAGGUCUGAACACACUGUAAUGUUUAUAUGGGACAAAAAAGGCUGUGUCAGUGUCUAAUUUUUAUAAACUCAAAGAUUAACAGGACCAUUUUUUAAAAAGGACUAAUAAAAGAAUGUGUCUAUUUACUAUAAAUCUCUGAACUUAAGUGUAAAACUUACGUUUCUUGUUUAUAAUAUUUAUAUUCUUUUCCAUCACCCCACACAUGUGAAACACUUUCCUCCCUCAAUCUGGUCCCACCCUUUCUGUAUUCCGGGGGAGGUUUCACAACUCACCAUUGCUGCCUAGGGCAGAUCAGUGGAACAUGUGGUGUAUAGUGGGAAUUCUCCAUGAGAAACUGGGGCGCAGUGAAGGAUCACCACCUCUGGGCUGUCAUCACAAAAAGAAGUGAACCUUUGUCUUCAUGUGUUUGCAGGAGUUUGGGACUAAUGACUGCAAUGGAUCAAGUGAAGACAUCUGAUAUUAAUCUAUGUCCCUGCAUUUGGUGAA